UCUGCCUCUACACUAAGAGUUCACCCUUUAAUCCAGCUUAUGGCCACAAACCACUCUCCCCUGUCACUAUGUCCUUGAACAGAGGAGGCUGGGAAAAUCCUUUGCUCCUGAAUGUGGGGCUGUUGUUGAGAAUAUUUGAAGGUUUUGUCUUGGCUUUUGGGUUAGUUUUCAUUUUCUAGGACAGUGACAAUGGCUUUCUUUGUGAAAAAUAUGAUAAGUAACCAGGUAAAGAAUUUGGGACUUGGAGGUGGGUCUGAAGAAAAAAAAGAAGAAGGAGGCACCUCGGACCCCGCCGCAGCUCAAGGGAUGACUAGGGAGGAGUAUGAGGAAUACCAAAAGCAGAUGAUUGAGGAGAAGAUGGAGAGAGAUGCCGCAUUUACACAGAGAAAAGCAGAGAGGGCAUGUCUCAGAGUACACCUCAGGGAAAAGUACAGGCUCCCGAAGAGUGAAAUGGAUGAGACCCAAAUCCAUUUGGCUGGAGAUGACGUGGACUUGCCAGAAGAUCUCCAGAAAAUGGUAGAUGAAGACCAAGAAGAGGAAGAAGAUAAGGAUUCUAUUCUUGGGCAGUUACAGAACCUCCAGAACAUGGACUUAGAUGCCAUAAAAGAAAAAGCCCAGGCCACCUUCACGGAAAUUAAGCAGUCAGCAGAGCAGAAGUGUUCUGUGAUGUGAGGGGCAGGG